AUGAUCCUGUACUUGCUUAACUUUCUGUAUCUAAAUUCUUUUACACGUGGCAUAUUUAAAUGGAUCCUUAGAAUAAUAACAGGAAAGUGCGAGCUGCUGCGGAUUGUUUACUCCAAAGAACCCGAUUUACUCAAAAUUUUAAACAUUGAAUCUUCUCUCAGACUGUCGAAAUCGCGGAAACUGAACCAUGUGCACAUUUCUGAUAAUCUAGAUGAUAAAAAAUUAGUCCAAGACAUUAUUACCGAAAAGUCAAUUAAUAUUCAAUAUCAUUCCAGGUUUGUUGUUCCCAUGGAAUUAUACCUGUCUCAAAUUUCUGGUUAUCAUAAACUGACAAGAGAAGUUGAACAUCUCAGAAAAAUUCCUUAUUCGAGCGAGAAUUCUGAACAUGAGGAUCUUCUGAUGAAAUUGUGGAACAAAUUAAAUCCUGGCGUAAAGCUGCCCAGUAGAAAAACCGUACUUUGGGAAGAUAUAGGAUUCCAAGGAAAAGAUCCUGCUACAGAUUUUAGAGGAAUGGGAAUGCUUGGCCUGAACUGUUUAGUAUAUUUAUCGUUAUGUCACACAGAAACAGCGCGAUAUCUACUGUCUCAUUCUCAUCAUCCUAAAUACGGAUAUUUCUUCGCUAUAGUUGGCAUUAACAUUACAAGCGUUGCAUAUCAGUUUUUGAUGAGAGGAAAAUUAAGAUCUCAUUUUUAUGCUGCAGUCAAAAAGAAACCUUUGAUGUCAGAUUUUUACAGAAUUUUCAUCCACUUUUAUUAUGAGUUUGACAAAUAUUGGAUGUCUAAGCAGCCUGACUCCAUAAUGGAAUUUGAAAGAAUACGGACAGAAUUUGAACAGAUAAUGUUAAAUUUAUUAGAGAGUAAUAACGUUCCGUUGCAAUUUACAUUCAUAUAA